AUGGAGAUGUUCAGCCUGGCGGGCUGCCCUUAUGCGGCGACGCUGGAAAGUGGUGGGCGGCAAAAGUGGCGGGGGACUCCUGGACCCGAGUUGACGGCCAAGGCCUUUCCAGAUCGCUUGGCCACAGGAGCUGUGGUAGAGGAGGAACAAAUCCUUGGAGUCAACUCAUGCGAUCGUUUAUACUAUCAAAAGUUGCUUGGAGCUGGUCCAGAAGUGGGGUGGAUCAGUGUUGAAGCGAACGGAACCAAACUUCUCGAGCUCCUCCCCCGUUCCCUGCCCCUGCGGCGCCUGCGGCCGGAAACGUCGGACGACGGGAGCGACGGGAUCGCUGCCUGGAUCGAGGAGACGAGGUAUGGAGAGAUUGCCAGCGUCCGAUUGCUGUUGGAUGCCACCUACCAGGAGGUGGUUGCUGCCAUGGCGUCUUCACUCAUGUGCCCCGCGCGCAUCAGCGCAUCCGCAUUGGAUGCAGGGCAAUUGCGUUGGCGAGACGAAGGUGAAGAGCAGAGAGGCAUCCCGUUGCCUGUCCCCAUGUCCGAGCAGUGGCGGGACUUGGCGUUUUCCACUGCGGACUUCUCAGAGGAGGUGGUGUGGCAGGGCAGUGUUGCCAAUUCUUCGGGCUCCUUUUCUCUGGGUCUCAGACCUUUGUUCGAGGAUGAACACGCUGCGUGGGAUGCGACCAAGAAGCAAUGCGAGGUCAUCGUGAAAGGGAGUCCAGUUGAACCAGGCGCUUCCUUCUCUUUCACGUCACUGCCACACGUUCGCUCCGUGAUCCACGUCACCGAAGAGACUCCAAACUCCGACGCCAAAGAUGUCAAGGUCACGCGCAGGUGGCAUCUCCAAGUCUUCUGCGAUCGGCUGAAGGAGGCCAUUGACCUGUCCUUUACCAACGCCGAACGAAGCCGUGUGAAUGCCAUUGGACAAUAUUUGGAUCUCGGCAGCAUCCGCUGCAGCUGUGGGGUUCGACCCACUUCGGAGGGCCGCGCGGAGGUCUUUCGGCAGCUCUGGGGCGGUGCUUUGGUGACCGAGGCGGCGCCCGGGCCCCGGCCCAGCGGCCGCCCGGACUUUGAUCAUGAUCCUAUCGCGCUCCUGGCCAGCCAAAUUCUGUACAUGCUUGACCUGGAAACAAGAGCAUGGGCCUCCGCUCAAGGUUUUCCAUUGGUGGAGCUGUGGCGGGGCGUGCGGCGCCCCUUUCAGUGGGCCACCUUCUCCGCGUUGAGCACCGCGGCGUCGCACAUCUUCACGCUGGGGAGUGCCGCAGACAGCGCCAAAGAGCGAGAAGAAGGGCCUACGAUCCACGUGGAGUUCAUCGAGGAACUCGCGCAGAUCCUUCCGUACUGCAGGAACGAAGUUGGGAAGAAACAGGGCCAAUUUACGGAAGGAUCGGUCGACAUCCAGAGUUUCGCAGAACUGCUUCAGCGCGUGACGCGGCGUGCAGAGAAGAGUGCCGACAUCUUUCGAGGCUUUGUGGACUUGGGGUCCGGCCGUGGACACGCUGUGUUGGUCGCUCACGCCCUGUUUCCAUUUCGGCAAUGUGUGGGCUAUGAGAUCGAUCAAGAGGCGAUGGAUGCGGCGAAGACAGCCAUACGGCAGUACAUGCAGAGUGGCUUGGUGCUGAGUGCCAAGUCAUCAGCACAUCCGUUGAAGUUGCUGGAAGGUUCCGAUUUCCUACAUCCGGCAAACUGCAGCAACUGGUGUAGCGCCUCGGUGGUCUUCGUGAACGGCGUCACCUGGCCCAGUCGCAUGUUCGCCGAGCUCGGGGACCUGGCGCUGAAGCUCAAGAAAGGAUCCUUGUUGCUUCUGGUCGCGCGGCGUUUGCCAUACGAUGAUUUGCAAGUUCUUCGACAUUUCGACGUGCGCGGUGAUGCCUGUCUUUUGAGCUUCACGGACAAGAAGGCUGUUCAGGUUUGGAUCUAUCAGAGGCGUUAA